AAACAUGCAAAUAUACGACUCUAUUUCUUCAAGGUGAUAUAGUAAGCCAGCCUGCAUCGCUACCGUCACCUGCAUAUACUUAGGUGAAAUCGUUUCUCUCCUUUUGUUUCACAUCAAGCCACCGAAUCUACACCUUUAUCUGUGCUGGAGUCUAGUUCUACAGGAUGGAGCAAGAAGCGUACAUACUCGGCCGCAACUUUUCGGCAAAUGCCAGGCUUAAUCUCCAAUACUUCCUGUGGAAAGAUGGGGGAUUCUCUCUGCACCCUAGCAUACCGGCAAAUACAGAAAAUCUACGAGUGGCGGAAAUUGGCGUGGGCACUGGGAUCUGGCUGGUCGAUCUCGCUCGAUACCUACCUCCGUCUGCUCAUAUUGACGGGUUUGAUAUCGACUUGAGCCAGUGUUCUCCAAGGGAAUGGUUGCCACCUAAUGUGUCCCUGCAUAAGGUAGAUUGUGUGGCGCCAUUACCUGAGCACCUACUAGAGCAGUAUGACAUAGUUCAUAUCCAGCUGUUUCAUCUAGCAGUGCACAACAACGACCCUGCACCAAUCAUACAGAAUCUCGUUAAGCUUCUCAAGCCUGGAGGUUGGAUCUCCUGGGGAGAAAUGGAUUAUAGUAGUUGGAAAAUCAUGAGAACGGAGGCGGGAAAAGAUGUUGAGGAUAACCUAACCCCGCUCCUGGGGACGAUAGGAACACUAGGGGGGACGAGACCCAACUGGACAGCUGAUGAUUGGCCGAUUAGAUUACCAGAUUCAUUCAAGAAGUAUGGGCUAACUAAUAUUGCAACCAACAAUCGACCAUUCCCACUAGAGCUGUUUCUUUUCCAGCUAGAUACAGCACUGAUGGCAUGCGAGGAGGUUAGCUACAAAGCACUAGACCCGAUGCGUAAUGGUUCUGGUGAUCAAUGUAGGGCAUUGAUUUCAGGGGUUCAUCAAAAUAGGCAGAAACUUGCCUAUAACGUAGGCCGAUUGACCGUUGUCGGGCAGCGCCCUUUCAAAUGAGGCCCAAGGACAAUCAUGGAGUCAACAGUAUGGCUAAAAUAGUAUGAUUCUCGUAUGUUAGGUACCUAUGGAUCUAGCAGAAGCAGAUAGACUUGAAUUUGAUUCUA